CCCUCCUCCCGAGAUGCGAGCACUAGGAGUCGAGGAGGCAGAAAUUCGGGAUAUGAGAAAGGCCCACAGAAAAGUCUGAGUAAUGAGGUAGUUAGUUGACAGUGAUCCAGAAUAUCAAUUUUCACCCAGAAGACCAGUGUUCGUUUCCGGUGUCAACAAUGUAUAUUUUAUGUUUCAGAAGUUGCGAAAAUUAGCCAAGCUUCAUCACUUACAUAAGUGAAGUGAUGAAGCAUAAGUAAUGGUCAUUUUAACCCAAACAGUGAUCCUUUCCUAAACCUAAUCAAGUAGCCUAGUUUUGGUGCCUAAACUUAACUAAAUAGCGACGUUUCAGAUUGUUAAAAGUAGGCGACUUUUAUUUUGAAAGUGUAACUGGACAAUGCAAAUUUAUUGUUGCUAACUAAACCAUAGACAUAUGUAGACAUAUCUAUAUGUAUAUAGACGUGGUCCAAACGACGCCAAAGGGCGUUGGUGUUGAUCAAACGUCCAAAGCGGCGAGAUAAAGACAUUGUUCAGAGCAGGAGCUCUCGGAGCUCAGCUGAUCCGACCUUACACUACCCAAACUGGUGAAACUGAGUAAGAAGACGCUACUGGAUCCUGAGUGAAUGUCCGUCAAAUAUCCGACUUAAAACUGACUGGUUAAACCAGGGUGGUCGAAAAUGUAACGUUACCUGAAAAACAACGCAGUCCACAGACCGAGAUGAGCAGUCAGCGAGCAUUUCAGUCUUAUAGCCACGAAUCUUUAUCAAAAUACGAUGGACAUGAUGUUUUUGUUGCUUCUCUUCUGUCACGUUUCAUCAGCAGUGAAACACUCCCUGAAGACUUUCGUUACGGGAUCCUUUGUCUCUGGAGUCUCAGACCUAACGGUAGACGUUUUGGCCACAGGAGAGGUUGAUGGCGUUCUGGUGGGUUACUGCGACAGCAACAGAAGGAUCGCAGAACCAAGACAGGACUGGGUGAAAGAAAUAAUUAAAAACGAUCCUCAGCACUGGCAGUGGUACAUUCAGGAGUGUUUUGAGAGUCAGCCAAAAAUCAUAAAAGACAUAAUUCCUGCUUUGAAGGAUCUCUUCAACCUAACUGAUGGUGUCCACAUUAUACAGCAGGUGGUUGGCUGUGAGUGGGACGAAGAAACUGGAGAGGUUAAUGGUUUAUUGAAGUUUGGUUUUGAUGGAGAAGACUUCGUGUCAUUAGACCUGACGACAUCAACGUGGACUUCUGCAAAUCCACAGGCUGAAAAGGCCAUACUCUUAUGGAAUAUCAAUGAAAACAGAGCAGUAGAGGAAAGUUACUUCCUCACUGAGGUGUUCCCUGAGUGGCUGAAGAAGUACGUGACCUAUGGCAACAGCUCUCUGCAGAGAAGAGACCUUCCCUCAGUGUCUCUCCUCCAGAAGACUCCCUCCUCUCCAGUCAGCUGCCACACUACAGGUUUCUACCCUGACAGAGCCACGAUGUUCUGGAGGAAAGAUGAAGAGGAGCUUCAUGAGGACGUGGACCUCGGAGAGAUCCUCCCCAACAACGAUGGAUCCUUCCAGAUGAGUGUUGACCUGAAACCUCCAUCAGAAGACUGGGAGAAGUACGAAUGUGUGUUUCAGCUCUCUGGUGUGAAGAACGACAUCAUCACCAAACUGGACAAAGCAAAGAUCAGAACAAACUGGAAGAAGGCCAGUAACGUGACUGUCCCCAUCAUUUCUGCAGUGGCUGUUCUUGCUCUCAUUCUCAUCGCUGCUGCUGGAUUCAGGGCUUACAAAAAGAAGAAAGCUCACUGCCCUCCAUCUUCUCCUGAAAACGGCUCUGAACUCUCUGAGCAUCUGAAUUCAACUGCCUCAACACAGUUGGGGCAGGGACAACUGACUGAACCCCAUGUUGACGGGGAUCAUCAGGUCUCCUGGUUCUGCUUCUACACAACUCCUCAGUAGUAGACGAACCGUCGGAUUAGGAGGAGGAGGAGGAGGAGGAGGAAGAGGAGGAGGAUGGCACUCUGGAGGUCUGCGAUGUAACUCUAGUCCUUCUCCACCUUCAAUGUGUACAAGCUCCACUUCCGGUACUUUUUGUUGUACACCUUGCUGUACCUGAUAAUACAGAAAGGAUGAUCAGCUUAGUGAAAACUUUGUAAUACCUGACAUUAUUCUCUUAUACAGUAAUUAGCAUUUCCACAUAAAAUGCAAUCAAAACAAUAAAUCAGCAACAUCUAUCUGUAUUCCUCA